AUGGUGAUUCCAGAAGGUGGAUUGACACCUAUGUCUCCGCGCCAGCUGCUCCACCGGUCACCACUUGCGGAAGCCACCAUGGUAUCUUUUCCUUCCGUGACCAGUAGUCCGUCCGCAGAUCAAGUUCAGCGUCGUCAACGUCAAUCACUUGUACAUGUGGUUACAGAUGGAGAUAUAUCUCCUGUCAGAAGUAGUAGUGGAAUGCCAUUGCCUUUUGCUCGCAAACGGGGAAGCCGUUUAUCUCAAAGUAACGGGACUAUCUCAGAAGAUCUUCUGGAGGAGAGUGCUGAUGGGACAAUAAGUACACCUACAGCAGCAGCAGCAACAAACAAAACCCCAACGACAGAAUCAAUGGGUCCAAGAUAUCCAAACAGUUUUGUCUCUAGACGUGUGGUUUCACGUGCUGGUCCUCCUUCUUCUUUUCUACCUCCUACGCAACUCCAGCCAUUUGUCUUUGGAGAAGCUAGAGAAAAUGGUGCUUUUGUAUCUUCUUUACAUACGAUGCACUCCUCCAAUAAGCAUGGGAGUAAUUCAUUUCGUAGUGUCAAGGAUGAAUGCAUGACGACCUUUCAACCUCAGUCAGAAACGAAAUUGGAUACCUUGUCAUCAAUAAAAACACCUGAACCCUUAAGUUGUGUUUCUUCACAAGUAGAAUCAUCAUCAUCUUGUUAUCGCGGUUCACAGGAUACAUUGAGUACAGCUGAGUUCUAUCCUCUCAAUAAGCCAAUAUCCCAGGGCACACAAGGAACUCCUCAUUUCUUUAAAAAUGAGGGAGAUCAGCAGGUUACGUCUGAUCUUAUGUGUAUGGAAGCAAUAAUUUCAAAAAGUACAGAAAGAGAGCGACGGAGAGGCAUUAUAGGUUCUCCUCGUGUUGUUUCACGAGGCGAACGGAAGGGUUGGGAAGCCAAGCAACGAGGAGGACCCUUGAAUGAAAUCAAUCUUAAGAAGGAUGAACCAGCAAUGUUUACAACAGAGAGGAGUAACAGGGUAGGUUUAUGCCGUAAGAAUGAGGAGCAAAGAACAAAUAAAGUGCAGGUGUACCCUUGUUGUCCUGCAACACCACUCUCUGUGAUGGAAGAGAUGAUGUGGGAAAAUGAUGAAGGGAACCCCCGUAAUCAUCUCGAGAAUCUACAUCCAAACAAGGAGCCUUCUGUACUCUCUCCUUCUGGUGUCAGGUGCAGUGGAAUGCAUUCACCAGUAUAUUUCACCGGCGAGACAAGGGGUUUACAAUUUGUUCGACGUGUUGUGACGGAGAAGAAAAGAUAA